ACCUAUUUUUUUUUUUUUUUUUUUUUUUUGGAUGUAGCGUUGUAAUGAUUGACAAAUGUGACAUAUGCAAUUUCGAUUUUAUGCGUCAUUAUACAAUAGGUUAAAGGUGUCCAACUCUCUCGGUAUGAUUUUUGGUUAACUUCUAAGAAAAGUAAUUGAAAACAGUUUUGGAGUGGAUUUCUUUUGAUUGAUCAACUAUCAUCAUGAAGAAUUGUGAAAGCUUUGAUGAGGAAGACAUCCACUUUGGGCGCUUCUACAAGGCGUCAACACAGACAUGCAAGCGCGCAGUGAAAGAAGUAUUUUUGGUAGUUUUCUACAGAGUAUAUGUCAGACCCCUUGAAUCGUGGCCAACAAACCUUACCCAAUAUUGUACGCAAGUUCUGGGUUGGUCGAAUCGGAAGCUUCGGGAGAGCUUCAAUGCAAAUGAGAGGGCCAAACUUGACGAGGAGGUGACUUCAGCUGACUAUGAUAUCUCUCUUUUGACCAAGAUGUUCAACAAGUUUUAUGAACACAUCCCAUUUCCCGAGUCCCUUACACGAGCAAUACGAGAUAUAAAGAAUGUCAGGAAUAGGGUUUGUCACGAGCAGUUUUCUGUUGACGAAACGGACCUUCGAGAAAACAUGGAAGACCUACAGGAAAUGCUACGGACUCUCUUUGACGAAACUUCAAGCUUUUUCGAAACAGAUCUUGAUAAUUUGAAACAAUUUUACACUGAUGAAGUGGAUGAGAUCAGGUCAGCCCCUAUUACAGGGCAGGGCAUGACUUACUUUGACAAUAUGGAGAAGUUUCGGGAAGAUCUUGUGGGUAAAUUCAUAACAUACGGAAGGAAAGAACUUAUAUCCUUUUAUGGUAAGUUGAAGAUCCUUAACCCUUUCACCUGGUUAAGUGAUGAGAAGUUCCCGGAGCUCGUGGUGGACAAGAUCUUCACUCCUCUCUAUAUCAGAGAACAGGAAAGAGCUAUCGAUGUGGCAACGUUAUUUAUCACAGAACUCUACAGUGAGGAGAGGCAGACUGAGUUGGGGAUUCUACCAGCUGUACUCGCUUUGUCAGGCAUCGCUGGUUGUGGAAAGACUUCUUUAAGCCGAUAUAUUCUUCAUGUUUGGCGAACAAGAAACGGAAUGAUUCAAGGCUUGAGAGCAGUAGAUAUUCUGAUAUUUGUGGAAGCUAGAAGUGUCACAGAGAGUUCACUAACUGCAUAUUUGCAGAAAUCAUUAUUGCGAGAAACGUGCAGUUACUUUGAUGAGAAGGAAAUUGUACUGACACUUCAGAAGAUAAAUGUCCUGUUUGUAAUUGACGGGAUGGACGAGGUGACUGAAAGUGGAAAGAUUUUGGUUGAGGAAAUAUUUUCAACGCUUGGGAAUGCUCGAGUAAUUAUCACAUCCCGGCCUGAAUUCGUUUAUAUGAUUACUCAGAAUGCUUUAAAGUAUCAUCAUAGAUUUUUAAAACUCAGAAUUCAAGGAUUUACCAAAGAGGGCAUUAUGAGUUUUACGUCAAAGAUUCUGAAGUCUUGUGAACCAAAUGAGAAAAAGUGUCGCCAAAUUGAGAUGGAGUUCAGAACUUUCUUGAGGACAACAGGAAGUGCUUUAGGCGAACACUUAAAGCUGCCUCUUACAGCAGCAUUAUUGAUUAUGCUGUGGAAAGACGACAAGUCUCGCAUCUCAAACAUCACUUCAUCAACAUCUUUGUAUUGCGAGUUAUUCAGAAUAUGUACCAUGAAGUUGAUCGCAAGGCUCCAGACGUCGACGGCCUCCCACCACAUAGAGUUAGAAGGUGUUAUUAAUGUGUGGCUGAUGGCCCUUGCAGAAGAGGCCUAUGAAAUGCUGAAUGCAGGAAGAUUUACUAUUGACAGUUCAAAACAACUUCAAUUAACUUCCCUAUGCAAAAAACAUGGUAUUGAUUGCAUUCAAACCCUUUCUGCUUUCCUUAUUUGUGAUGUUCAAGAAAGAUUAGGUGGCACUAAGUACACCUUUUCAUUUUUACAUAAGAGUCAGAUGGAAUAUUUAGCAUCACUUUACAUAACGGAAAAGUUAUUGGAAGUGAACAAACCGAAGUCAAAAUCUUUCGACAGAAUGUUAAAAAGGUUUGUGAAGAUCCUCCGAAAGCAUGAAGAAGAAGAGGAAGAAGAUUAUCUUUUGACAACAUUACGUGACCGUCGGUGGUGGAACACUGUGCUUUUCACUCUAGGUCACUUGAGUCAGAAUAAGAAGGUAUCAGAAAUGCUGCUGGAGGACCUGGUAGAAAUCCUGCUCGAUCACAGUGUUCAUGACAUUUCUUUACUGUGGCGUAUUAUCCAGGAGUCAGGAUGCCACCCCUUGGUGUGCGAUCUGGUCAAUGCUACGAUAGUUAAGGAUUUUGUAUGGAAAGCCGAUUGUGAAAACCUGUGCAAUCCUAUGGAUCCAAAUGUAUUGCUAAUGCAGAAGACCAGAUUCAGUCCAAAUGGUGUGUUAAUAAGGAUUGUUAAUAAAACCAAACACGGAACAGUUGCUCUAGAUGGCGAGGAAUUCGGCGAAAGAGAAAACGUCAAUCUGUUCCCCAUUUUGCGGUGCUUGUCUGAGCGGCCACAGACAAACGUUUGCCUGAGGAUGGAUCAGCACUACUACGAGUGGGGGAACUCGGAAUCCAGUGACGACAUCGUGACCGCUCUUCUGCCGGGAGGGAAUCUAACGGCUUUCAUGGGCCACCUCGGGCAGGAGGGAGCCAGAGCCUUCUCGGCCGUACACAAGCUCGGCGAAACCUGCAUCCGCGUCACGGACCUCCCGACGCUCCAGACGCUGGAAAACUCCCUCUCAUCAGGACGCAAGAAGAAGAGCGUAGACAUGCUCACGCUGCGAGUGGACAUGCCCUGGACAGCGGUGGCAGAGCCCAUUCCGAGGAUCAGCACUCCUUCUAACAUGGCCUUGACGCUGAAAGAUGUGAGUGAUGUGACGGAGGAAUGUGCUGCCAAUGUGAUUAUCAAGAUGAGAGAUUCGUAUGAAAUGGUGGACCUAGUAGCCUCAAGCUUGACUCCCGCGGGAGGUAUCAGGUUUCUGAAAAGACUAGAAGCAAACGGAAUUGAAAUCUUAGACCAAAUCACUAUACGUUCCUGCAAUGCCAUAGAAAAUGAGGACUACGAAUAUUUACAAAAGAAUAUCAGGUAUUUUGUAGAUUGGUUAUGGUAAUAUUCAUUAAAUAUAUAUAUAAGUAUAUUUGCAACCUGUUACAUGUACCUGAGAACUCAUAUUAUGCUUUGUUAAACUCUAUCCAACAUGGUUACGCAGACACGCGCGCGCGCGCACUUAACCAUAUAUAUACAUAUAUACAUACAACACGUAUGCAUUAGGUAUGAACAAACUGUUUUAUGUAUCUGCAUCCAUGUGUAAAUAUUUGUCUAUUUUUUUAAAAUCUUUUCUCUAUUUUGUUGAAUGUUUCAAAGACUGGCAAAUUCAUCGUAAUGAAUGUAAAGCUAUGA